AAUACAAGAAAUAUGCCUUUCAACGUGAAUGAUGAAGACAUUGCAGCAGUUGUCAUUGACAACGGAUCCGGAAUGGUUAAAGCCGGUUUUGCCGGAGAUGAUGCACCUAGAGCAGUUUUUCCUGCUAUAACUGGUCGUCCUAGAUAUCAGGGUGUUAUGGUAGGAAUGGGAGCUAGAGAUAGUUACGUUGGAGAUGAAGCACAGAGUAAACGUGGAAUGUUAACCUUAAAAUAUCCAAUAGAACACGGAAUAGUUACAAAUUGGGACGAUAUGGAGAAAAUAUGGCAUCAUACAUUUUAUAAUGAACUCAGAGUGGCUCCAGCGGAACACCCUGUUAUGUUGACAGAGGCACCUCUUAAUCCUAAAGCUAACAGGGAACGUAUGACUCAGAUUAUGUUCGAAACGUUCGACAGUCCAGCUUUUUACGUCCAAAUUCAGGCAGUUUUAUCUCUAUAUGCCUCAGGAAGGACAACUGGAAUAGUUUUAGAUGCCGGUGACGGAGUAUCACACGUUGUACCCAUCUAUGAAGGAUAUGCACUGCCACAUGCAAUUAAACGUCUUGAUCUCGCAGGACGAGAUCUAACCGCUUAUUUACAACGUAUUCUCCACGAGAGAGGUUAUAACUUUGUCACAACAGCUGAGACCGAAAUUGUCCGAGACAUUAAGGAAAAGAUGUGUUAUACGGCACUUGAUUUCGAGCAAGAACUUGAUACCUCCGCCAAAUCUUCCAAUUUAGAACAAUCUUAUGAAUUACCGGAUGGAGCUGUGAUUACCGUUGGUAACGAGCGUUUCCGGUGUCCAGAAGUAAUGUUCCAGCCAUCAUUUAUCGGUAUGGAAUCUUGUGGAGUCCAUGAAAUGGUCCAUAACUCUAUAAUGAUGUCAGACAUGGAUAUUCGACGAGAUUUGUAUAACAAUAUAGUUCUUUCAGGAGGGUCUACAAUGUUUCCUGGUAUUGCAGAUCGUAUGAAGAAGGAACUUGACGCCAUAGUUCCUAGUUCUAUGAAAACAAAAGUUAUCGCACCACCAGAAAGAAAGUAUUCAGUGUGGAUUGGAGGUUCCAUACUUGGUUCAUUAUCUUCAUUCCAACAGAUGUGGAUAUCGAAGACGGUAGGUUACGAUGAGUGUGGACCAAGCAUCGUGCACCGGAAAUGCUUUUAAAUCAAAUUACAAAACAUAGACUGAUAUUUUUCAUGGACAACCAAAUUUGACAUGAUAUCCUUGUCUUUCGUAUUACUUGAUAGUUCAUUGCAAACUAAUUGUCAUAUGAAGUAUAGAGUUAGUGAAACAGCAAGUACAUCUACAUGUAUUAAUCAUAUUGUCAUCUACUGAAUGCAUAGAUAUUUUGUUCUCGAAUAUUUAGACAACACAUAUUUCGAAACUAAACAUGUCUUGAAAACUAUUCCAACUGUGUGUAUGUUGUUGCAUUUAACAUGGGUUUAUAGUAAUAUGUUAUCAUAUCAUAUCAUCAAUAAUAGUAUAAUUGUGUUUUGUCAUGUAUUUGUUUAUU